UUGACUUUGAUCUUCUGUAGACAACGCUUGAUUUAUCUGAUGAACCGUGGAGUCGAAUUCUUAGACUAGGGCUCGUAAGGUAUGUUUUUUUGUAGGCUGAUGAUAUGCCAGCGUGGUGUGUCUUUCAGGACUGGAUAGCUAUAGAGUUCGUAACUUCGACAUCUUCCUUGCUGCUUAUUGAGAAGCUAAUUCUACGUCAGCCAUCAACUUCUGUGUUCAUUGAUUCCUUUGUUGGGUAUUGUCCGCUCAGCGACGGUAUUCUAUCAUAUUGCCAUUCAAAUAGUGAGCGUCUCGUUUUCUUCAAGUGCAAGCUCGUUACGAAUACAGCGUCCUCGCCAGGCAAUAAUUGUUUGAUGUUUUCUCGAUAUUGACAAAGAUGCUGACACAGAAGAGGUACUUUUACAUCUGACUCCGAGGCAAAGGUGUCAAAUCAUUGAAGGAUUGACUUGGAUCGUUUUGUUAGUGGCCACGGCCAUCGUCACCAAUUCAUACCAACCAAUGUUACUUCGAAGUAUACCGCGGCGUACUUAGUAUCGAGAAUAAAGGGGCCUAAACGUGGCAUGGCAGUUUCAACAUACGAAAUACGAAUAUUGAGCGCUUCCAGCCUAAAUCGAUCAGACGCAAACAUUCCCCGGCGGUAAAAUACCAUGAAAAUGAAGACAUGCCAAGCACAAUUCGUCGCAAAUUCAAGCUUCAUUUACGAAGUACCCUUCCUUGGAGAUCAUCUUGGGAUCAUCAAACCUCGUUUGUCUCGGAGAACUUGACUUACCUUACACCGUUCAAUCGAGAUUCCUUCAAAGAUUUAGCGCAGAAAAUUGAGGAUUCGAUUGUAUGGCACUGUAACAAUUUCGUCUUGAGUUUAGUUCAGUGGGGAAAGAGAUUUUUUGAAUCUCUUCAAUGUUAUUAAUUUAAAUGUGACCAAGGCAUCACUUCUAUCAGCAUUUUUACUUCGAAGUAAGAGGGCACACACCAAAAGCAUCUCGCUUCCACUAACGGAUAAAUCCCGUUACAGUACGACCCCACCUUGAGAUCUCAAGAUCCGCGAACACGAUGUUUCGCAUUCCAUACAACGAACGCUGUCUCCCGCCGCGGCCGGUUUACAAAUCUGAUACUCUUGGCCAGGUUCCCCAUGCUUUCACUCGCAUCAUGUUCAUCCCAAGCCUCAUUUUUGGCAACGAAUACGCAAUCCUCCCUACCUUUUUGCAAGCGCCGCCCUUCUGCACGCGAGCUCAGCCAGAAGAAAGCGGUUGCCAUGAUGCCAUCCGAUGAUGCCUGCAAACCUUCUCCCCACAGUUUACCAGAUGAGACGAACGCCUGCAUCUCUGACAUCGAUCGAGGCAUCCAUCAAUGUGUUUGUAGAGGCUCCAAGCCCAUCUUGCCUACCCCUACCCACAUCACGAGGUAGAUCUGCGUUACUGAAUUGUGGAAAUGUAGUCACGUACGUUGGCUACAUCAUUAUAUAUGAACGUUGGUGUUUCCCUUGUUGCAUUCUCUCCUCCAUCCCUCUUCAGCUUCAUCUCUUGAUACUUUACUUUCAUUGCCAGUUCUGUGAACUUUUUACAUUCUCUUCAUAUAUUUUACUACACACUUUACAAACAACUAGGCCGGUCCAGAUUUUUCUUCGAACUCCAGAUCAAGAUGUAUUCCAAAGCAGUUCUACUUGCUGUCCUCGUGGCAUUGGCUGAGGCCCGUUUCAACCAAGAACAAGUGCCCAUUGCAGCUAUCUCAGCCUCCAUAGGUGGCAACCCCGGCGAAGCCGCAACUCUUGGUGGUGCUGCAGUCUCAACUCUUUUAGGAAGCACAAAUCCGUGUGACAAGGUAUUUUCAUCUCUGGCACCUUCUGAGAUCUCUCACUGACAUUCAACUAGCUUGCCAAAGCCGACGAGAUUGUUGCCAAGCUUGGGGAUGGUGGUCUGGAAGCUGCAAAGGGACUUGUAGCAGCCGAACAGAACUUCAACCCAUCUACCACUGAUAAACCAUCAUUUUGCUCGGACCCAUCUCUUCCAACUACUGAGUCUCUCCGAGGUAUCCUUCCCAAGGUUGAUCCAGCUGUUACUGGGGCCGAUGUCGCAAACGCCGCAUCUGAAGCUUCUUUGAAGACACCUCUUGAUGCCACGGGGAAGUCGAUUGCGGAUUUGGCAACUGGAGCUGGUUUCACCAACUUUACUCCAAAGGAUUCAGCUGGUGGUGGUGGUGGUGGUGGUGGUGGUGGUGUAAGUGACCUCGUGUUUAUCCGUUUGGUAUACUCGACUAACACUUAAGUAGGGAGCCGGUGGAGUUGCCAAUGAGGACAACAACAAGGACAACAAAAAAGACAACAAAGCAGCCGAGGCCACUCCUGUAAGUAUCUCUUGAAGCCCCCUUACUAUCCUUCCUGGUUCAAGACUAAUGUAUCUCAAGACUCCCGGCGGCGGUUCCCCUCCUGCAACCACCUUCGCAACCGUAACCGGAACACCCACCCCAGCACCCGGAAACGACAAAAAGAACAAGAACAACCAAGAAAACAACCAACAAAGCAACAACAACGGCACCACCCCCUCGGGCGGCGGUAACGGAGGGGCUCUCGACUUCGGAACCUGCAACCCGCAAAUCAAAUUCGAAGCCGGCAUCGCCAGCCGCGGUCCCGAGUUCACCUUCCAAUCCGUCGACCCGGUCAUCUCGUCGAAGCAAACCGAGGCCAAGGACCCCAACAUCAUCACGAACCGGAUCUGCGACGUCCUCGGCCAGAAUGGCGGCUGUGGUGCGAGUAAGGAGGCGGUCACUGCGUGUUUGGAUGCGAAGGCGAAGGUCAAGGCCCUGGGGACGAAGGAUCAGAGUGCGGCGGAUGCGUGGAAUGCUGCGCUUGUUGUUUGAGUGUUUUGGUGGGUUUUUCUUGGGGAGG